GGGCUGUGGUACUGUGUGCGUGGUUGUCGCUCCUGGGAUAGAACCUUCCAGUUGCAAGCCGUCACCGACAAGGAAAACAUAUCCGUACCGAUCUACGGAGUGCAUUCUGACAUCAAGACAUUCCCGACGAGGAGCUUCCAAAGGACAUUUGCACCGUCACCGUCUUCCUGACCCCUCACAAACGGCCUGUUCAAAAUGUUCAACAUACAGGCCACGACUUCGAAGCAACGCCUGGCGCUGGCGAUCUGCGACUUCCUCUCGAGGUCAGCCAAUGAUGGCACUCUCCCCGCGGAUGACAAGGAAUCCAUGGACGUGGCGAUCCAGUGCAUCGCCGACUCGUUCAAGGUGGACCCGAACGACAAGAAGGCGAUAGAGGACGCCGUGGGCAACCAGAACCUGGCGCAGAUCUACGGGGUGUACGAGAAGCUCAAGAAAGCGACGCCGUCCUCUUCCGGUAGCAGCAACCCGACAACGUCAGCGUCGGCGUCGUCGGCGUCGGCGUGGGCGUCGGAACCGACAGAGGAGCAGAAGAAGGAGGCAGACGCGCUGAAGAGCCGCGGCAACGCGGCCAUGGCGAGCAAGGACUACGCGGCGGCGGUGGACCUGUACACGCAGGCGCUGGCGGUCACGCCCCGCAACGCGGUGUUCCUGUCGAACCGGGCGGCGGCGCACUCGGCGGCACGGGACCACGAGCUGGCGCGGGCGGACGCCGAGGCGGCCACGACGCUCGACCCUUCGUACACCAAGGCGUGGUCGCGGCUCGGCUUGGCGCGGUUCGCGCUGGGCGAUGCCAAGGGCGCGGCCGAGGCGUAUCAGAAGGGCAUUGAUGCGGAGGGGAACGGCGGCAGCGACGCCAUGCGCAAGGGCCUGGAGACGGCGAAGCGAAGGGUGGCGGAGCUGGAGGCCGAGGGGGCGGCGACGGCUCGUAGUGCGAGCCCCGGUGGUGCGGGUGCCGGUGCGGGUGCGGGUGCCGGUGGCAUGCCCGAUCUGGGCUCCCUGGCGAGCAUGCUGGGCGGCGGGGCCGGUGGGGGCGGUGGCAUGCCCGACUUUGGUCAGAUCAUGAACAACCCCAUGUUCGCGAGCAUGGCGCAGAAUCUUAUGAGCAACCCCGACCUCAUGAGCAACCUGAUGAGCAACCCGCGGCUCCGGGACAUGGCGGAGCAGUUUGGCAGUGGAGGUGGUGUGCCGGAUAUUGGGAGCCUGAUGCAGGACCCCAGCAUUGCCGAAAUGUAGGUUCUUCCCACCCCAACUCUCCACCUAUUCCCCACCUUUCUUCUUCCGCUCCUGUUGGGAGGGGUUGAUUUACUGGCAUGAUAUGAUAAAUACUAACGUCAACGUCUACGAACAGGGCGCGGUCUAUGAUGGGCGAUGGCGGCGGCCCUGGAGCUGGCCCGAACAAUGGAGCUGGUCAGGGUGGAUCGGGUGGACAGUGAAGCAAGUUUAACCUUUGCCUACGACAUACGGGCGAUAUGCGAGAAUGCGUCAAUGAAUAUAACCAAGAGUUGCUGCGUUCUAGUGUAGCAUUCAAGUAGGCAUGGUCUCGAAAAGGUUAUGGCUUUGCGGUUGGGCCCCUUUCCCUCCUAGGUGCUUUUGUGAUGUGGUCGCCCCACCGUUUUACGGGCAAAAUAGCAUUCUGUACGGGCGCCUGAGUACCUUAAGGCCCUAAAUUAAUACUUACGGUAUGUAGUCCGUUAUACCUGUAAUUGCAA